AUGGAUGUUGUUAGCCCUCCAAAGUUUGGGCGUGCGUUUGGGGAGAAGCACUUCAUGUUCAAACCGGGCUUCAUCCAUUUGAAUCAAGGAUCCUACGGAGGAUACCCUCGUCCAGUGCGAGAUGCUCUACGCUCUGUCCAAGACGCAGUCCAAGCCGAGCCAGAUAACUUUGUCCGAUACACCUAUCCCUCGAAACUAGACGAAACCCGUGCUCUACUUGCAGACCAUUUACACGCUGCAGACAGAGAUGAGAUUGUCCUGGUCCCGAAUGCGACAACGGCGCUCAACACGGUGCUUCGCAAUUUGAAGUAUCAGCCGGGAGACGUGAUUGCAUACGUACAAGGGACAUAUGGAGCAAUCGAGAAGACUGUGGAUUAUCUUGUCGAAACUACACCUGUCGAGAGCGUUCGUGUUCCGUUCGAUCCCAUCACGGACGAUGAUGAUACGCUUGUUGAGUCGUUUCGAUCUGUGUUGCAGGAACAUAGUGGACGUGUCCGGGUGGCUAUCUUUGACACCGUCAUGAGCAUGCCUGGGCUCCGGAUGCCAUUCGAGCGUCUGGCACAAACUUGUCGAGAGUUUGGGGUACUCAGUGCCAUUGAUGGAGCGCAUGGCAUUGGCUUGAUUGACUUGGAUCUGGAGAAGUUGGGGGCUGAUUUCCUGACUACAAAUUGCCACAAAUGGCUUUUUGUGCCCCAUACGUGCGCUGUUCUGUACGUCGCUUUGAAGAACCAGCACCUCAUGCGGUCAUCCAUUCCGACAUCUCACGGCUUCCAGCCACUACCCGAGAUCCUACAGAAGAAGCAGUACAUCAGCCCAUACGAACCUCCAGACUCCAUAAAUCCAUUCGUCUUUCAGUUCAGCUAUACUGGAACAAUCGACAAUGGGCCUCCUCUCUGCAUAUCGGCGGCAAUCAAGUUCAGAAAGGAGAUAUGUGGAGGAGAAGAAGCGAUUCGAGAGUACUGCCGCUCGCUAGCCCGAGAAGGCGAAAAUCUUGCCGUUGAAAUACUGCAGACGCGAACGUUACCUAUACCAGAGUCGAAGCGGGUUGCUUUCGCCAAUGUUCAGCUUCCUCUUGAGAUUGCUUCGCAUGGUUCUGAGGAAAGGGGAGGUUCGGUUCCUCUGGCAGAUGUUCCGCGAGUUGUCGACUUCAUGUUACGGCGUCUUGCUCGUGAUUACAACACGUUUGUCAAUAUUGCCUUCAUUUCCGGAUCUCUGUGGGCACGCUUUUCUGCUCAGAUAUAUCUGGAGCUACAAGACUUUGAGUACGGCGCUAAGGCGCUGAAAGAGCUGUGUGAGAAAGUUGCGAACAAGGAAUAUGUCCUAGAAUGA